AGCCGCGGCAGGUGCGGGGCCCGGCCGGCAUGGAGGCGGCGGCCCCGGCCCGGUACCAGGCCCGGUACCAGCGGCUGCGGGACAGCGACAGCGACGGGGAGGAGGCGGUGGAGCUGCGGACCGGACCGGGCCGAUCCCCGCUGCAGGCGCUGCUUCACCAGCACCACCGGGAGACCUGCGCCCGCAUCUCCUCGGCCCUGGUGCUGCUGGCGCUGGUGCUGGCCUUGGCCUUUUACCAGAUGACCUCCGGGGGCUCCUCGUGGCUGGGCGGCGCCCAGGCUCACAGGCAGGAUGGUGGCGCUGGGCAGAUGGGGGCGCAGGAGCAGCCUGGAGACGUCCCAUCUGCGGCUCACAUGCAUGCACGGGGCGUUUACCAUCAUGCCACCCUCAUCACCAGCUCCAAGACCUGCUCCCGCCUGGGGAAGGACCUGCUGGUGGCCGGAGGGAACGUGGUGGAUGCUGGGAUUGCAGCUGCGCUCUGCCUGGGGCUGGUCCACCCGCAUGCCACGGGGCUGGGUGGUGUGUUCUCAGCCCUGCUGCACAAUGCCUCGUUGGGCCGCACCGUGGCGCUGAACGCCGUCCCGCACCGUGGCUUCUCUCGGCGCUACGGGCUCCCCGUGGCCCUGCCAGGCCUGCACCUGCUGCACCGGCACUUUGGCCGCCUGGCCUGGCCGCGCCUGCUGGAGGGGCCGGCGGUGCUGGCGCAGCGAGGCGUCCGCGUGGACCGGGAGCUGGCUGCAGCCCUGCAGGAGAGCGCGGGCGCGGUGAAGGCCUCAGGCCUCUGCAGCCUCUUCUGCGACGGGGCCGGGGAGCUGAAGGGCCAGGGCGCGUUGGUCACCCAGCCCCGGCUGGCGGCCCUGCUCCGGGCAGUGGCAUCGGGGGACGAGGCCCUGCCCCGGGCCCUGGCCCCGGACCUGCCCCCUGCCGAGCGGGAGCCCUUCCUGCAGGCCAUGGGGGACUUGGGGCUGGAGCUGCAGAGCCCCCUGGCCAUGCAGCUGGGUGACACCUGGCUGCAUGGAGCCCCGGCCCCCGCCGCCGGCAGCCUGCUGGCCGGCGUCCUCGAGGAGGUGCGGGCAGCCGAGCCCAGGGCCGCGCCCGAGCCCUGCCUGAGGGCCCUGAGCGCGGCCUGGCGUGGCUACUCCCGGGCGCUUGGGGGGGCCGGGGCUGGGGGCCCCUCACCCCAGCCCGCUCGCCCUGGCAGGGCCCCCUCGCCCGUGGGCAGCCACCUGGCAGUGGCAGACAGCCAGGGGAACGUGCUGCUGCUCUCGGCCUCUCUCAACAGCUCCUUCGGCUCCAGGUUCCUGGCGCCCGCCUCGGGCAUCGUGCUGAGUGACCUGACAGCGCCCGCGGGGCCUGGCCUGCUCUCCUGGGCCUGCCCCGUGGUGCUGAGCCGGGGGGAGGAGGGGACAGUGGUGGGGCUGGGGGCCACGGGGGGCAGUGCGGCCCCCCUGGCCCUGGCCCAGGCCAUUAUAAACCAGGUGUACCUGGGGCAGCCCCUGCAGGAGGCGCUGGAGAGCCCACAGCUGCAGCUCAGGGGCGGGGGGGAUGGGGCCUCCCAGGGCUGUGGGCCGGGCACCCUGUCAAAUCUGUCCAGUGGCGAGUGGGCGGGGGGGGCCCCGCAGGCGGGCCCCUGGGUGCUGCAGGUGGCAUCACAGGGUGAGCACGCACGUGCCUUCGCCGCCCCGGCCACGUGCUGCCAUCACGAGGGGUAUUAGCCCCAGGGGCCAUGCUCAGAGCUCGGGGCACACGGCGCUGCUGUGCCCAGUGCGCCGUGGGCCCCAAGCUGUCUCUGCCCACAUAGUGCCGGGGGCACAGGGUGAGUGGCUGGUUCUGGC